AUGUCUGAAGAGAAAAUCUAUCGCAGUAACGCUGUUCUGCCCCCGCGUCCGCCACCGCUACCGCCUACGGGCAGCCCGCAAGAGUCACCCUCUGGUCUGAUGCAAGCAAACCUGGACAGAGGACUGGUCUAUGGAUCAAGAGAUCCUCGCGGUGGGACCCUGGCCCAGCCACCACCACGGUUUUCUGAGGGGCUUAUGGGCGACAAGCCGAGGAUGCCAAUGGCGGACAGUCGUAUCGAGAUGAGUCCCUCCCGGUCGGACAACAGCUCUCUCGACGGUCUGCGUUGGCGCUCAAACUCUGAAGACUGUAAUCCCAGCUUCCAGAAGGCCAAUAUCAAGACUCCUGUCACUCCUGGGUCUGGUGUACCUAGUGUUUCACUGGAGAACACGCCUUGUAUGUUCUCCACAGAUUUUAUGCCUCCCAAUUUCCUGCUGUUCAAAUCGUUCAAGUCCGUAUCUUUUCCAAAAAGAAUACGUGGAGAGGUGUUAAAGACGUAG